UCAACAUUUCAAUUUUCAACAAUUGGUCAACAACAUCUCGUCGGAACGUUGCCUUCUAUUUUCUAUUAUUUAUUUUUCUUUGUGAAUUUGGUCGAUGAUAUUCUUUAGUAGACGUACAACAAUCCAAAUCGCUUGCACUAGAUAUUAUUUAAUUUGAAACUAUGGGCGUAGACGUAGAAACUCUAUCACCCGGAAAUGGUUUCACCUACCCAAAACCCGGCCAAACGGUGGUGGUUCACUAUACAGGAACUCUACAAAAUGGGAAAAAAUUCGAUUCCUCCAGAGAUCGUGGACAGCCCUUUAAGUUUACAUUAGGAAAAGGAGAUGUUAUUAAAGGAUGGGAUCAAGGUUUAGGAAAGAUGUCAGUAGGUGAGCGAGCAAGACUAACAUGUUCACCCGACUUUGCAUAUGGAUCUCGAGGUCAUCCUGGCGUAAUUCCACCAAAUGCCACCUUAAUUUUUGAUGUUGAACUCUUAAGAGUGGAAUAAUUCCACCUUGCCAUAAUGAUUAAUUAGCCUUAAUGAAAAUAUAUGUAAACCUUAAAGCAUUUUGUUGGUAUUUUCAUCCUGGUGCAUGGUUAAACCACAACACACAACUUUAGCUGCUUGAUUUAGUUAUUUAUGGUGAUAUGAUAAGGUUCACAGAUAUUUUAAUAAUUUAUAUGUUAUAGUUUAUAAUUACUCCAUAGUGAUAUUAUUUUCAUGAAUUAUUAUUAUUUAGCAUUUCUUAUUAUACAGCAUUAUUUAGGUUUGUGACUUAAGAUUGUUUUAAAGUUUAUCAUUGUUAAUUUUUUUAUGAACUCAAUAAAACAGCAGAUAACUAUA